AUGUUGCUCGUACAAUCCACGUUAGUGGCCUCGGCCCUCUUCGCAACCUCAUGCAUCGCCAUAUCAAAAAACUUCUACCCUUCCUCAAAACGAGGCCUCAUCUACAUCCCAAACUCCGACUUCCCCAACGAUGACAAAGUCUGGGUGCAGAAGCACUCCGACCUAACAUGGUACUACAACUACAAAAUGCACCCCAGCCCCGUCUACGAGAACAACACCACACUCCAGUUCGUGCCCAUGCUCUGGGGAGCCCCCGAUGGCUUCGACGACACCACCUUUCUAGAAAACGUCACGGCGCAAAUCUUCGGGGGCCGAAACAUCACGUACGUCAUGGGCUUCAACGAGCCUGACAACUCAAUGGCCAACGGCGGCAGCGACAUGAAGCCAACAGACGCAGCAAGGUACUGGAUUAAGCAGCUCGAGCCGUUGAGAAAACUGGGCGUGUUUCUUGGUGCGCCUGCGGUGACGGGCGCUCCGUCGGGGUUUACGUGGCUUGCCGAGUUCGUGGAAGCUUGUAAGGGCAACUGCACGUUUGAUUUUAUUCCGAUACAUUGGUACGGGAGCUUUGACGGCAUGGCAAGCCAUAUCGCUGGUGUGUUGGAUGUUUUUCCGAAUAAGAAGAUCUGGGUUACAGAGUUUGCUCUGGAUUUCUCGUCUUUGGCUGCGACGCAGGAUUACUUCCAGACGUCAGUGAAAUAUCUCGAUGGAAACAAAAACGUCACUCACUAUUCGUACUUCGGUUCUUUCCGCUCAUUCACAUCUAAUGUUGGGUAUAACGUGUCAAUGCUUAAUUCACAUGGGCGGUUGACUGAUAUAGGAAGCUGGUAUCUAGGGGGCGAUGCGACGGGCGUUACACCGGGCGACAAUGUUGUCAAGCCGAAUGUAACAGCUGCCAAGCCGUCUACCCCUACGUAUGUUGUCCCAGCGCUGGUCACGGAGGACAGUGACUCGCGGGGUCUGAUGAUUCGGCCUUGUAUAUCCUAUCUCAGGCUACUCUGCCUGCUUCUGGCUUUGUAUAUUUCUUUGUAG